AUGUCGGCCGUGGGGUCCAACGGUUCACCGCGAAGAGGAACAUUGGGGCCAGGGAACGCACACGGCAUCUUCGAAGAGAUGGAAGACGGCAGCACUUUUCCCGCCAGUGCCAUUGAUCCCACUGUGGCAGCCGUGGCUGACGGGACACAGAACCGCUGCUGCCUCAGCGGUGGGGCACGACAGCACAUUCUCAGUCGAAAUGACGAUUCAGUACAACAAUAUGCGGACUGCAGGCGAACACGGGAUCAGAAAAAUGGGAUGCUAAGCCCCAUAGCCCGAGAGUUGGACAGGAAGCUGGACCGGAAUAUGGUAGAUCAUGGCAUAGCCCAGGGGUUCGACUCGAAGAUAUUGGCAUUGCUGGAUCGGCUGAAGGAACCCGAUCGCCCGAGGGCGGAUAGUAUCGGCUCGUUGGAUCGCGAGGUGGAAUGCUGGAGGGAUCUAAGGCCCGAGAAGAAGACCAAGGAGCUGGGUAUUAGAGUGAGGCCGGAGGGGGAGGACGAGACAGGGCUAAAGACGGACGUCGACAGGCUGAGGAUGGAUAUGAGGAAGCUCAUGACGAGCCCGCCUGUGAUGCGAUGCGGUAAUGCAUCGAAAGACCACGGAGGCGGUGCCUUUGGUGGCACCACCGUGGUAUCCUAG